AUGGAAACCGAGAACACCUUUCUUUCCUUUUUCGACUUCUUUUUUUUUUUAAUACCGAAAAUAACGGAUGAUCUCGUUACAAUUAUUUAUUAAAAAAAAUAUUUAUUGUUCAGAGGUCUAAAUAUAUUCUUCAUUUUUAAUAUAUAUUGAUAAAAAGUAUUUAAUUAUUGGGAUGUUUAAUAAUAUUUAUAUUUGAAAGACCGACGAAAUCAAAAUCGUCUCUCUUCCUCUCCACUAUAGAUUCGAUACCACUUUUGUCCUCCUCUGUACGGAUUUCUCGUCAGUGGCCACCCAACAAUAUACCUCAAUAUUCUCCGUUUUCAUCAUAUAAUAUUUCGAUUUAUACAUUUAUUUAUUUGCAAUUACACUUAAAAAUAUCAUUGAAUUAAUUUUAGCUUCUCGUUGCAUUGUUUGGGAGAUCCAUGAGUUUUGUUGAAAAUCAGGUACUAUUUGUUUAAUUUUGAUCGGAAGUGAAGGUUGAGGACGGGUUGAGGUGAGUUUUCGGGACCUGCGUUACAGAAUGAAAGGAGGUUUUUAUGGACUAAGGGCUAAAGAGCUGUCUCUGGUUACCAUUUUACUUAUGUGCACGACUGUUUUUGUGCUGACAUGGAAGAGAACCCCGCUUCUUACCCCUUUUCCACCCCAAGGUGGAUUGCAAUUGACUCCAGUUGGCUUGGGUAAAGAAAAAGUGGCAAUUGCAGUAGAAGAUUUUAAAAAUGAAAAACUUGGAAAAGAAGAAAUAGGAAACCAAGUAACAGAGAAUGGAAAAGCGAAAACAGAAAUUGAAAAAACUGGAAACGUAAAAACAGAAACGAAUGAUAGUGAAGUAGUAAGGACGGAACUUGAAGAAAAGGGAAAAGAAGAAAAUGAAAGGAGAGCAAUUCCAACUCUAACAAGUCCUGUGCAAGGGUCUUCCAAAAGCAGUAAAAUUGUGAGUGGCAAUGAUUUGUCACUUCCCAUCAAUAAUAAAGCCUGCAAUUAUGGAAAUGGAAAAUGGGUUGUAGACCACAACCGGUCUUUAUAUUCAGGGUUCGGCUGUAAGCAAUGGCUGUCAGGGAUGUGGGCUUGCCGGAUGACACAACGUACAGAUUUUGCUUAUGAGAAACUGCGGUGGCAACCAAAAGAUUGUCAAUUGGAAGAAUUUGAAGGCUCAAAGUUUCUAAAAAGGAUGGAAAAUAAAACUUUGGCUUUUGUUGGAGACUCACUGGGCAGACAGCAGUUCCAGUCUCUAAUGUGCAUGGUGACGGGUGGUCAUGAGAGGGAUGAUGUCAUUGAUGUUGGGGAAGAGUAUGGAAUUGCCCGUGCUUAUGGCAAUGCUCGGCCUAGCGGGUGGGCAUAUCGAUUCCCCAGUACUAAUACCACCAUUCUCUACUACUGGUCAGCAAGCCUCUGCUAUAUAGAGCCCAUUGACAAGUCAAAUCCAAAUACAGAAUAUGCCAUGCAUCUUGAUCGUCCUGCAGCAUUCUUAGUUCAAAAUAUUCACAGAUUUGAUGCUUUGAUUCUGAACACGGGGCACCAUUGGAAUCGUGGAAAGAUCAAUGCAAACCGCUGGGUAAUGCAUGUUAGAGGUGCACGGAACACUGAUAAGAAUAUACAAAUGAUUUGGAAGGCAAGAAAUCUGACAGUUCACAGCGUUAUCAAAUGGGUGAACUCCCAGUUACCUAAAUAUCCUAAUUUGAAGGUCUUUUAUCGAUCUAUCUCACCUAGGCAUUUUGUUGGCGGGGAAUGGAACACCGGGGGAAGUUGUGACAAUACCACUCCCAUGUCCAUAGGCAAGGAAGUAGAACGAGAUGAGUCUAGCGAUUCUGUUGCUGCAGCAGCGGUGAAGGGAACAGGGGUUAAGCUGUUGGACAUUACGGAUCUGUCCCAGCUUCGGGAUGAGGCUCAUAUAUCCCGGUUCCACAGUUCAACCGGAUCAUCUGAUUGUCUGCAUUGGUGUUUACCAGGCCUUCCGGAUACAUGGAAUGAAAUUCUUUUUGCACAAUUAUAGCCUUUUUUGGUUGAUUCUAAACCACAAUAUGUUUCCAUAAGAUGCCCUGAACAGCAGCAGGUAAAAUGGAAGUCUGUGAAUGCUUUACUGCCCAAGACAAUUGAAGCAACGAAUGGAGAAGAAAAUAGCAAUCGUAUAAGUCACAGGUAUUUGUUGAUUGAAAGUAACGACCAUGCUAGUCCCCACGGUCUUGGCAUUAAUAUUAUAUUCAUGUCUAGCUGUAGGUAGUUAGUGAGCCAUACCUACCUCGUUCCCGGUUUUGCUGAUUCUGGUGUUUCUCUAGUUGCUGGAGUUGGAGACACUAGAGAGAACAACCAUGUAAGUUUUUCUCAACUUUCAACCAAACAUCAGGUUGAUGAUUUGGUCGUUUUUUCUGUUUAGGAGGAGAAAAUACAGAUUUUAGGACAUUCUGAAUUUCACUACCCUUAAAUUUUAUCAAAAUGUACGAUAAAUGUGUAAUUUAUUUUGUGAUUAUGUUCUAUUCAUGUUCAUUUUUCAAAA